AUGCCGGGAACCAAUGGCAACACGCUGGGCACUAAAGGAAAACAAAUAGAGAUUCUUGAUAUUUGUACAGGAUCAGGAUGUAUUGCAUUAGCAUUGGCAUCUAAUUUACCAGAUAAUACAUGUAAAGUUUAUGGAAUUGAUUUGUCAGUUGAAGCGUUGGAGCUCGCAAAUUUAAACCUUCGACAACAACAACAAUUGAAAAAUUUUGUUGAUUUUUCUAAAUUAGAUAUUUUAAAUGAUGAAGACGAAAAGAUUAAAAGAUUUGUGAAAGAAAAAAGUCUUAAUGGACUAGGAUUUAAUUUGAUAGUUAGCAAUCCACCAUAUAUAACUUAUGAAGAAUAUGAGGAUUUAAUUCCGGAUGUUACUAAAAUUAUUGAUGAAUUGAAUAAAAAUGGUUUCAGAUGGUAUGAAGUUUGGAAAGAUUCUAGAGGUAUUGAUAGAUGUGUUGCUGCAAGGUUACAGUAG